AUGCCGGUGGAGGCGUGCGGUGACGUCGAGGAGGCGACGACGGGAGCGCGGCCAUGUGAGGAAGUUGUCGCCACUCGCCUCCGCGAGGCCUACGCUGCGUUGGACCGCGCCAGCUUCGAUGCCUCCGGUGUGCAGGCCCUCUCGCCCCGCAUCCCAUGUGCCUCCAGUCUGCUGGAGACAUUACCGUGUCUCCGCGAACUCUGCACGGUGACGCUUAACCUUGAGGUGCUGCUGCGGUGUCGCAAUGAGAACGCGCUUUAUGCAGUGCGGGAGAAGUACCUGAGAUGUCACAGGUACAUCUUCCACACCCUCAACGGCGUGCACGACAUUCACGGAUUCCUGCGGUACUGGGUGAGGGGUGUGGUGGCCUACGAGUUUUGCGAGAUGCAGCGGUACAUGGACGGCGGCUGCUGUGAUGACGCAGAAGCACGGGACGGUGAGCAGGGAGGAGUGGAGCGGGCAAUAGAACAUGCUGUCGAGUUGCGAGAGGCACUGCAUCGUCUCCCCAAGCUUGUGGCAUUUUUGUUUCCGGUAAACAGCCGACAAGCUGAGAUGCGGGGAGGUGGUGACGUGAUGAACGAGGAGGUGAGGCAUAUUCUUAAUGAGCCGACGAAGCAGCAGGUUCUGCGGCGUCUUCUGAUGGAGGUCCUGCAGAGCCGGCGUGAGUGGAAGUUUGGCGUGCCAAGCUGUGAGGCCGUCGGUGCUGUGCGCCACGGGUGCCCCAACACUAACGCUCAGCUGCAUGACUUGCAGGGGCCAAAGAAGCGGCUGCGGCAGAUGCCCACGAAUUUUGCUGUUGCCAUAGCUGAGCUUCUUCAGCUCCAGCCGCAGCCGGCACGAGGUGCGGAGAGGCUUCUCGUGACCACAGUCCUGCAGAGUGUCGUGCAAGGCUGCCGAAGCUUCUUUCCGCGGGAAGCGCUGCUGUCGCUGCUGCACUUUCACACCUGUGAGGAGGCACGCCACGUGUUCCUUGUCAAGAUGUGGCCGCAGUAUUGGAACAGUGAGCUGGCGAUGACGCGAGAGCUGCCCGGUGUAGUGGAGGAAGGCGUGAAGGGCCUCCUCACCAAACUUGUGUUCCUGUGGGAGGCUGGUAUUGACGCGCCCGUGCAUGGGCCCCUCAACACCGUAUCAGGCCUGCAGCACUGUUACGUCUUUCACCUGCUGCGGGUGACGCUGCGGCCGCUCCUCGAGGAGCUGUUUGCCCUCGACGCCACAUUCAAGGAGAGUGCAACGCGCGGCCCUCUCAUGGUGCUGCUGGGCAUCGCCCAAGGCAUGGCGUGCGUGGAGACCCCGUCGCAGGGAGCGCCGCAGCUGUGGGAGCAGGCUGGUGCCGGCACCGUGCUGCUGGGCGAGUUCCCGAGGGAGGUUGGGUACGUCGCGAUGGCGGAGGUGUGCCGUGGGCUGCUGGAGGCGCGACUCACCGCCGCGGUGGAACACUUCCUUGGCAGCGGCGACCUUACUGAGGAGCAGCGGGGGCCGCGGCUGCUUGCCUACCUAUUGCGGACCGAGCGCGUGUUUUGCCUCCUGUGCGAGGCGCAGUCACUGGGGGCGAGGAUGCGCGACGAUGGUGGCGCCAUGGCCUGCUUCUACAGCAUUGUGAAACAUGCUGUCGCCAACCACCCGCACCGAAGCCGGGGCGCGGAUGUGUUUGCUGACACUCUUCUUGAGAGCAUGCAAACUUAUCUUCUGCAGAGGGGCCGUGAAAGGGCGGCGGGGGCAGCGCUACUGCUACGCAACGAAGACGAGUUCCUGUCGGCCGUACGGCUCACGCAGAGCGUCAUCUCAACCGAUAGAUACCUGCGGGUGUACAAGGAACUUCUUGCCUAUCGACUGCUCUACUACACGGUGAGUCGGGCACGCGACGACGGGCUGGACGCGGCAGAGGCACGACGAGAGAAGGUGCAGGCGGAAAAGGCGGCGUGCGAGCACCUCCAGGAACUAUUCCCGCUGGAGUGCGACACCGUACGGCAGAUGGUUCAAAUGUGCCUAGACAUGGAGGCAGGUGAGGAGGCACAGGCGGGGCACGACCCGCUAGCGCCGCAGGACGAGCAGGGGGGGGCCAGUGAGGAGGUGGCUGUCCGGCCCAUGUUGUGGCUUCUUUCCCGCCGCGCGUGGCCCUCGUACCCUGUGCUGGAAGAUGCCCCACAGCCGCUGCUGCGGGCUAUGCGUCAGUUUGCGCGCGUCUACCAUGCACAACACAGGGGCCGGCGCAUUGUAUGGCUUCGCACCUCCAUGGAGACCAUCACCUUCACCGUGGGCUACCCGCAGGCGACGAAGCUCAUUGUGGGUUCGCUGGAACUGUUUAACAUCUUCCACUGCCUCAGUGAGGCGGGUGCCGCCGGUGCACCGUGGACGCUUCUCGCCCAGCGCAUUGGCAAGGGGAAGACGAUGUUGCAGCGGGGGCUGAAGAAACUCCUCAAUGAUGGUUUCUUUACGGUGCAGGCAGACGCUGAGGAAGAAUGCGUUGCACUGAAUGCCAUCUUCACCUCACACCGGCCGCGCUACCACUUUCUGCAGCAACCGCCGCGGGUUGGGGCGCUCUCAGAGGUGCCCCGCACAAUCAUGGAGGAGGCGCAUCUAUCCCACACCGGCGCCAUUAUGGCGUCAGUCAUCAAGCAUAUGAAGCGCGUGCGCGCCUGCAUGUACGACGAGCUUUUCCGUGCGGUGCAGCAGCAUAACCCACAGUUUCAGCUUCAAAACAGUGAGUUUAAGAUGGCACUGGAGACGCUGAUUGAGAAGGAGUUCGUCGUGCGCGACCCGGUGCAGAAGCAGCGGUUUGUGUAUGAGGCCUGA